AUGGCUAUCGAACAUCCACUCGCACAACCCUCCGCAACACCUGCGCUGGCUUACAGUCGCCCCCCCUCCAUAGAGGAAGCUGUUUCACCAGGAGAGCAGGAUGUGCGAAACGAACGCACGACUACACCUCCGUCUCAAGAUGAGGCCGCUGACAGGUCGAAGAGCAGUGAGAAGAAGAUGCAUCCAUGUUGGAUGUGCCACAAAAGCUUCGACAGGCCGUCAACGUUACGGAAGCACCUCCUGGUGCACACGGGGCACAAAGCUUUUGCAUGUGACACAUGCGGUCGUCGGUUCGGUGUCCAGUCCAACUUGAACAGACACGCCAAGAAAUGCGCGCAGCGACCGGUGAAUCAAGGAGCGUCAGCGCAAGCCGCGGUGCCCGGGUCUUCGGCGGCAGAGGGAACUACUUAUGCAGAAGUAGCUGCCCCAGUUGAACUCGCAACCGAGGCGGCAGGCCCAUCCUCCGCGUCGACCUCCGCUAUCGCCCUCCAAGUGAUAAGCGCUCCCUCAGAGCAAACACGAGGUCGCAAACGCAAAGCUGCUCCGCCGAUGGAAGGCGGCCCAGACGACCAGGCUGGCGAAGUCUCUCGGAAGGAGAGACGUCCACGGCGGAAGAAAUCGCCCAUGCGCUGGGUGCCCGACUCCCUGAAACUCUACGACCUCACGCUCACGAACAAAGCGACGCCCGUCCCCCUCCCCUCUGUGCGCCCGUUCGUCGACUCCAACGGGAAGGUGCUCGAGGAGCGCGACUCGUACAACCCGGACGUCCACGACACUCCGUAUCAUCCUCGCGGCUGGAUGGGCAGGCUGCCCGGCCCCGGGCUGAUGGACGCCGGCGGCAGUGUGGCCAGUAGCGGGAGGCUGUUGAUAUUUUAGCAUUCGCUGCGUUGCAUACACGCGAAAUCUAUGGCAUCUCCUCUGUAGAACCUAAUAUCGGCCGGUAUUUACUUACGUGCCAGCGUGUCUCAAGUAACGUCUAUAAGGAUCGCGUUGUACCACCGUAUGUGCUGGGAUUCAUGAGUAUAUCUAAUGCCCUGGCAUACGUUCAUCAGUGACACUAUUGCAUUCAUUUAUGUAGGUACUAUAUACCGAGUUGGACCGUUUGGGUGAUUCGAAUUUGUCCGACUCAUCACUGCUCCCGAUC